UGUCGAAUCAGAAGCUCCAGUAGCCGAGAUCAGCAAAGAAAUUGAAACCCCUGCUGCAGAGGAAGAGAAGGAACCUCUAGAUAGCGAGCCAGUUGAGGAGAUCAAGCAGGAUGAGCCCGCUAUCGAAAGCCAAGCCCCAGCUGUGGAGGAAACCAAAGAGCCUGAGAUCGAGGCUCCAGCAGAGCCAGAGGCUAUUGUCGAAGCCCAGGAUCCAGUUGAAGAGCAGAAAGAACCUGAAAAGCCGGAAGAUCCUCAGCCAGAGCCUGCUUCGAGCGAGCCGGUUGAGGAAAGCAAAGAAGAGCCUCCGGUCGAGCAAGAAAAAGCGGCCGAGCCUGCGAUUAUCGAGGGAGGAAAUCGAGGUUCCAGCUGAACCAGAGGGAAUUUCUGACGAGGCCAAGGAGAUUCAAGAGCCAGAGUCCGCUGCUGCCGUCGAAGAGGAAAGCAAGCCCGAGGAACCAGCUAUUCAGGUCGCUCCCAUUGAGAGUGAGCCAGUCGAAGAGGUUAAAGAGUCAGAACCAGUGGAAGAGAGUCCACCAAUUGUAGAGGAGGCUGAGCCAGAAAGCAAGCUUGAAGAACCAGCUGUAGACGUUGCUCCUGUGGAAAGUGAACCAGCUGAGGUAGCCAAAGAGCCGGAACCGGUUGAAAGCCCCCCAGAACCUGCGGAGGUGAGCUAUUUUGCUCCACCAGCACCAACAGUUGAAGAUGCCAAGGACGCUGAACCAGAAGUUCCACCACCUCCGCCAGAGGACCCAGCUCCCGUAGUUGAAGAAAAGGAAGUUGAAGCUCCAAUUGAAAAGAGUGAAGAGCCAAGUGAAAGCGCUCCAAUCGCCGAAGCCAUCCUGGCAGGCGGUGCAGCCCUCGCAGCAGGAGCAAUUGCAGCUGAGAUUCUUACCAAAGAUCCCGAACCCGUCACAGACAAGACAAUCGUCGAAGAACCCGAGACCCUCCCAGGAGUAGCGGAAGAACCCGGCGUCGAUGCCUCUCCCGCGUCCUCCAAAGAAAGCCGCCGUCGACACCGCUCAUCUCGACACUCUUCUCACCACAGUCCACCAAAAGACAGUCCACCCAGCACUCGAGAUUCAAAACGUGACUCUCAUCGUUCCGAACGUCCUGAUUCGCAUCGGAAACGUCGUGAAAGCGAGAGCUCUAUCAAAGCUUUCUUCAGCCAAUCGACACCCAAGAAGCCGGUUCGUCACGAUAGCGGUAUGAGUGCCGGAAGUUCCAGCUCUCAUGGUAAACAUCGCAAGGACCGAUCCCCUGGUGAACAAGCAGCGCACGAUGCACGAAAAGAGGCUCGCCGAGCAGCUAAGCGCGCUUUAGAAGACAAUGAGAAGUUCAACAGAAGUAUUCCGUCUGAUAGCGCUGUCGUUGAUGAUAUUGCUGGAGACAUUCCCAUCUCUUCCGUCCCUCAUCGACGAUCUUCUCGUCGUCAAAGUAGUGCGAAGACGGGCAGUCAAGGUAGUUCUGAGAGUGACAAACCGAAGAAAUUGUUGGAUUUGAAAGGAGAGAGUGUGGUUAAGAGCCCUUUUAUGAUGGAUGAUAAACCACAUUACAGAGAAGAGAAAGUCAAGACCCCAGUCAAAGAGAAGGGACCGAUUAUGGAAAGGCCAAGAUUCUCGUUUGAUAACGAGAGGCCGAAAUUUGUUGAAAGGCGGACUUCGACGAGAGAGCAUGGGAGUAGGGAACAUAGGUCCCACCGUCAUAGAGACAGUGACAGGGUUGAAGCAGAUAAGGAUAAGCACCGAAUUGAAGAGGAGAGAGAAGCUAGGAAAGCGAGAAAAGAGGCGGACAAACAGAUGGAGAUUGCCAGGGCUCAAGUUGCUGAAGAAGCCCGACGACAAAGAGAGAAGGAUGAGGAGGAACGCCGAAUGAGACGCGAGGAGCGCAGAAGAAAACGAGAAGAGCUGGAGAAGCUUUCCGAGCAAACCGAGAGAGUCAAGGAUCGCAGCGGCGGAGACCGUGAACGAGAUCGUCCUCGAGAACGCGAACGUCUUCACCGUCGCCAUCACAGAUCCGAGAAAGAGAAGGAGAAGCCCAAGGGAGCGUUAAGCAGUUUGUGGUCUGCUGCCAAGAAGGUCUUCGACUGAAGCUCUUGACGAGGAAAUGAUGUUGAUGUUAUGGGAUACGAUUGAUGGAAAUGGUAUGAAUGAUGUUAUGAGAUAUGUAUGAUGUU